AAUUAUGAAUAUGAAUUUAAAUAUUUAUCUAAAAUAACAAAAGAUUAUUUAUCAGUUCAAGCUACAAGUGUUUCUAUAGAAAGAGCAUUUUUAGUUGCUAAAGAAUUAAUUACUUCUAGAAGAUAUAAUUUAAAUUUUAUAACAAUUAGAGCAU